CCUGCCCCUGUUACAAUAAACAUUAUACUUCUACACAGUCUGCACUUGGGUCUUACCUGAUAUACCUGUCAUAUAGCUCCCUCCUUUUCAUCAGGUCCCUUUGAUGGCUUUUGCUCUGUUGAGGCAUUUAUCCAGGCCCACUUCACCAUUACUAGAUAUGAAGUGCAUAGUCGGCCCUCAACAAAGAUCUCUUUCCUGGCUGACUCCUGAUUGACUGUGCAUAUUUUCUCUAAAUUACAGUCAAUCUUUCCUUAUAUUCAGACUAUGGUUAAUUCAUGAUCUUGUGAGGAAAGUACUGUAUGUUUGGCCUGUGCUGACUGGGCUGGCUGCCUGCUGUGGAUGUUGCCUGCGUAGCGCCUCAUGCCUCUGUAAUUUGAUUGGCGUUUGGAUAGCACAGUAUAAUCACAUCAACUGGGAGCUUUCAUAGCUCCCCUAUGUCGGUGUCAUCCAUCCUUAAUGAUUGUAUUGGAUGAGCCCUGUUCAGGCCAGGUUUCAUCUGUCUGUAAUGGGAACACUAGCUACAGUACUUCACCUGGGUUAGGGAGUUGUAGAGGGAGGGCAGCUAGUGGGAAUAACAGAACUGUCACUGGUUGUAAACAAGAGACUGUCUCCAUUGAGCCAAUUAUAACAUAUUCCCAUAAGAACAUGGAUAUUUUCACUAGUCUGGACAUUUUCAGUACCUUGGACAAGUCCAAGCUAAUGUUAGAGCCCAAAUGUGAUGUGGCCUUCUAAGAAGUGCUAAUGAUGUCUCAACAUGGUUUAUAAAACAAUGCCUUGUCUGGUGGCCAUUUCCUAAUAUUCAAUGUUAGAUUUUAAAUGCACAUUUUGAGCAGGCCUUUAGGUCAUCUUUGACUCCUGGGUUCUGGGUCCAAUAUGUAAGCUGCAUACUCAAAAGGCCUGCAGAUAGACUUUAGCUAAGCUUCAAGCUAAUGCUGGCGGAAUGUUCUUGUGUUCUUCCAGAACAAACAGCACCACACUGCAUCAGAGGCAAGUGCAUUCAUUAACAUUUCUCCUUCACAUGAUGUGCAAUUGAAUUACCAUCAUGAAAGAAAACAAUUAUUAAAUGAAGUGAAGGAGGACCUUUGAUAUUUCAACCAUGUACUGUAUAUUAGACACCAAAGGGCCAUUGUUUCAGUUCUGUAGUCUAAGAGACGUGCAUUUUCAUACAUAAAAAAUAUAUAUAUUAUAUAUUUGCGUAAUGAGAAUUUUCUCAUGGGACAAUGUAAAGGCUGUUAUGUUAUCCAACACAGCCUUAACCUCGUACCACUUAACAUCAGUCUACUAAUGCACUAUCAUGUUGAAAUCAACACAGCCUUAACCUCGUACCACUUAACAUCAGUCUACUAAUGCACUAUCAUGUUGAAAUCAACAUAGCCCAAUGGCCAUUGUUUUGUUUUUUUGUACACCAGGGCAGCUUCAAAGAGGACAUCUUCUGUGAAAUGAUUAAAAAAGAGAUGGCUGCAAUACAGCAUCCCUCUACAGUGUGAAGCCCUCAUUAAUCUGAUGGAUACUGACAGCUGAAUUGACAGGACCCUGUCAUUAUACCAAGUCCUCAACAAGCUUGUUAAGCAGAGGGCUGGAUUCUAUGCAGUAGUCCUGUCUGUAGGCCUGCCUGCAGGAGAAGAUAAGCUGACAGAAGCAGUAGGUCUGAUGUGGAGGCAGGGCUGGACCUUGUGACCUAGUGCAGGGGGAGGGACACCAUGAUCUCCACGGCACUCCGUUGGCUGUUUCUGGUGUCCUUCAUCGUGGUGACCAUCGGCGGGAACGUGCUGGUGUGUUUGGCCGUGGGGCUCAGCCGCCGCCUGCGCCGCAUUGCUAACUGCUUUGUUGUGUCACUAGCUGUGACGGAUCUGUUGCUGGGCCUGCUGGUGCUGCCCUUCUCUGCCACCCUGGAGCUGCGGAGUGGACACUGGCCCCUGGGGGGCACCCUAUGUAACAUCUAUGUAUCUCUGGAUGUGAUGUUUUGUACGGCCUCCAUUCUGACUCUGCUGGCCAUCAGUGUGGACCGUUACCUGGCCAUCUCAGCCCCACUCUGCUACCCCCGCAGGGUCACCCCUCCCCGAGUAGCCCUGGCCAUCACCACCAUCUGGGUCACUUCCCUGGCCAUGUCCUUCCUCCCCAUCCACCUGGGCUGGAACACGGCUGACUUCAGGGUGCAGAACCUGGACUGGGGCAUUUGGGACGAGGUGGAGGAGGGACGCACCUGCCGCUUUGAGUGGCAUAACAACUACGUGCUCCUAGAUGCCUUUGGCACCUUCUACCUCCCACUACUGGUCAUGUGCGGGAUGUACCACUGCAUCUUUCAGAUAGCACGCAAACAGGUACGGCGUAUCCGAGCUGCCACACCCUCAUUCGCCCCCACAGCAUCAGCGGCGGCCACAGCGCGGGAGCACAAGGCCACAGUGACUCUAGCAGCAGUCCUGGGGGCCUUCAUUAUCUGCUGGUUCCCCUAUUACACUUUCUUUACCUGCAUGGGCAUCGGGGCAGAGACUAACCCCCCUACCACUGCCCACUCUGUGGUGCUGUGGCUGGGCUACUUUAACUCCGUUGUCAACCCCAUCCUGUACCCGGCCUUGAAUAGAGACUUCCGCAGAGCCUAUGGGGAGCUGCUGUGCUGCAGGGGGCCGCGGUGGAGACACAUAUCCACAACUAUCUGUGUGUCCUUGCGGAAACAAGUGCCCCUCUCUAGCGAACACAGAGACACUGAUCUGACCAAUGGCCACACAGACACCCUCCCUAAGAGGGAAAGAGCCUCACCUCUCAGAAGAGCAAUGGCAGCAACAUUGCUGACCAGACCUGGUAAAAUACAAUACACACUGGAUAGGGACUAGGUAACACAUACAGGACACUUUAUAAAGGUGAAUGAGGGACAGUUGUUCAGGAGCUAGUACAGUAUGAUAUAAAAUGGCUGAUACAGUGCCUUGCGAAAGUAUUCGGCCCCCUUGAACUUUGCGACCUUUUGCCACAUUUCAGGCUUCAAACAUAA